GAUGAAACACAAUUUACACUUAACCAUGGUUAAUAUUCAACAAUUACCGUUACUUGAUCAACCUUUCGCUAAAUAAUAAUAAUAAUAUGAUUGUUCAUUAUUAUUUAUUGAUUAAUUGGGAUCACUUGAUUGUCCCGUUAUUUAACAAUGUAAUCACUUUUAACUGUGCGAAAAGUAUGGUGUAACUGUGACAAUUAAGCGUUAAACCAAUAAUUUACGAAAAUUAAUCAUAAACUGAUAAUUGAUCAUCAUCUUGACAAACUAAAAAAAUCUUAAUCUAUUGAAUUAAGUUCUGAUAUAAAACUAGUGAAAUCAAAGUAAAGAGUGACAGAAAGAAAUAAAUAAAAUAGCAAAAGAAUAAUCAAAAAUUGAUUGAUCAUGAUGAUUAAUCAACAACAACACCCGAUAACUUUCACCUAUCACAAGUUAAUGGUCACAAUUGUGUUCAUGGUGAUACAAUCAGUUCGCCCUCAAACAGUUCGCCCUUCAUGUGGAUCCCAAGAAGCUUAUUAUGCUAAUCCAGAAGACUGUAGAUCUUACUAUUAUUGUUGGAACAACGAAAAUUACCUUCAGUACUGUCCUAACGGUCUUUACUUUCACCUUGCUGGACGUACCUGUGAACCCGCGGGUGUGGCCGAUUGCGGUGGAUACACUGGUGGCAACGGAGUUGUGACAACCAAUAGGCCACCGGGACUAUUUGGUUCCUCUUUGUGCACCAAAAUUUGUUCCGAAACUGAAUUAGCCAAAAAAUCGCCGGUCAAGGGUGUUUUAUAUGCGAUCUGUAAAUGCACCGAAUCGAUGACAAUCAGCUCGACAAUUAUGCCUCCUUCUUACGCUGCAUCGGCACCAUUAACAACGCCUUCACCGCCCAAUGUAUUCAGUAUCAUUUCUAAUUUCAUCAAUUCCAUUUUUCCUGGUGUUCGUUAAUUCAGUUGAUCGUUUUAUCCGCUAAAUCAAAGUUUCAUUUGAAUUGAGAUUUUUUCUUCCCCUCCUGUAAACUUAUCGUUCACUUUAAUUGUCUAACCUUCAUCAGCGGACUUUAAUUGUUUGGUGAACAAUCAAUAAUAUAUACAAAUGAAUUGAUUAAAAUUACAAAAAUUUGUUACAAUUAAUUGUUUUUUUUUCAUUGUUUAAUUAAUACUUUUUCAUUUGACAAACAUUAUCGAUACCAUAACAGUAAAACCUAAGGUGACGAGUAAGAUAACAAAAAAUAUAAUAACUGAUUUAAUCUGGUAACAGUUAAUCAACAACAAUUAACCUUGAUUGCAGUUUGAAGGUUUAUGAUCAAAGGUAACUUAAUAUUGAAAAGCACAAUUGUCAUUUAUUAAUUGUUGAACUUAAUCACAAACUAAACUCAUCAAAUGAUCAUAAAAAUUGAACCAAUUUUUUUGUUUGUCUGUAUAAACAGAUGAUGGAAAACAAUCAAUUAAUUGUCUAAUAGUCAACCCAGUUGAUUGUAAUUUCAGUGCCGUUAAUUGUUUGAUGAUCAACAUUGAGAAAUAAAAAAUGAUUUCCAAUUAAGCGAAACGUUUUCCUUGGCAAUCUAAUUUGUUUUAUCGUUCAUUACACAAUCAACAUGUUUGACCUGAUCAUUAGAAUCAACAUUAUUAAUCAACGAUAAUAUUGAAUAAAUUGUUAAUGAUUAACAUCAUCAAUUGAAUAUAAUCCAACCCCUUCGUCCCCUCUUUCUCG